AAUUAAACAUACAAAUUUAAGCUAUAGUGACCACAACUACUACUAGCUACUACACCAAUGGCAGCCACCAAGAGCAUCACAAAAAUGGCUGCCACACUCCUCCUUGUCCUAGUGGCUCUGGCGGCGGUUCCGGGCACGGAGGCGCAGGCCCCGGCGGAGUCUCCGGUGCCGGUGCCGGCGGGAACAUUUGAGUGUGUGAAUGAGCUGAUAAACAUGUCGGACUGCCUGACAUUUGUGGAGGCAGGGAGCAAAUUGAGUGAGCCGGAGAAGGCUUGCUGCCCGGAACUCGCCGGAAUGGUGGAGACGAAGCCGGUUUGCUUGUGCCAGCUUUUGGCUGACCCGGAGAAUGUGAUCGGAAUCAAAAUUGAACUCAAAAAAGCUCUCAACCUCCCUUCCUUCUGCAAACUUAAUACGCCUUCUACUAGCUUGUGCUCAGCAAUUGGUAUCCCAGUUGGGGCUCCUACUGCAGGUAAGUUUCCUUCAAGUCCAGGAGGUGGGAACCCACAUGAUGAUAGUGCAGCUAUAAGAUCAUCAGUAGCAUUAUUCUUGCAGAAGAGUUCCCUUCUUGGAUUGGCAAUUAUGGGUUUUGCAGCUCUAUUCUGAUAUAUACAUCCAAUUUAACUAAUUAUGCACGUACUAUAUAUAUCAUGUAUGUAUGUUCUGCAUUUCAAUUUCAUUGAUUGUUGUAUACUAUAUAUAUAUGUUCUAGUUUAUAGCUUUUGAUUAUUUUUCUUUUUUGACAA